UAUCUCAUAUUUUCCCGACGUUAAAUGUCAGAAAUGUGGUUCAGUCCCAAAAUAUACAUCCCCGUAAAAGCAUUUAAAAAAUUGUAAGGUAGGACCGCCGAACAUAUGGGAAAGUCCCUGGAUGUCGUUGUUUUCGGAUCGGCAAAUAUCGAGUACAUAACAUAUGUCGCGGAGCUGCCGAAACCCGGGGAACUGGUCGCCGGAUCGCACAUGGAGACCUGUUUCGGCGGCAAAGGGGCCAAUCAGUGUGUGGCUGCUGCCAAACUGGGGGCCUCCACCGCCCUGGUGGCGAAGCUGGGCAAGGACGAGUCCGGUGACGAUUACCUGAACCACCUGCAGCAGCACAGAGUGAACGUGGGGCACGUCGAGCAGGUGAAGGACAACCCCACGGGGAUGAGCGAGAUCGCGGUGUCCAACGAGGGGCAGCAGUACAAGAUCAACGUGGCGGGGGCCAAUGCCUUCCUCACGGCCAAGGAUGUGACCCGCGCCAGGAAGUGCUUCCAAGAGGCCAGGGUGCUGCUCUGCCAACUAGAAGUGGACAUGAAUGCCACCAUGUGCGCCCUGCGUCAGUUCAAGGGCGUCUCCAUACUGCACUUGUCGCCCAUGCGAAAUAACAUUCCCCUUGCCAUGAUCAGUUUGCCGAGCAUUUUGGUGAUGAACCAGGAGGCGGCAUCCCAUCUGGCCGAGAUGGACGAGGUCAAAACCCUUGAGCAGGCCCGUCAAGCCGCGAGUACUCUCAUCGAUAAGGGGGCCAGGGGCGUUAUCAUCACCAUGGGCGACCAGGGAGCGGUCUUCAUGUCCAAGAAAAGCAGGGACAUGUGCACUCAUGUCCCGGCCUCCGAUGUUCCGCACUUGGCCGAUUCCUCGGGCGCAGCGGAUGCCUUUCUAGGCGGCUUGGCCUAUCAUGUAGCUCGGUUCCCCAAACUGACCCCUGAGCAUCACAUCUGUGCGGCCAACGCCUGUGCCGCCUACUCCUUGGGUCGCCGGGGCACACAGCCCAGUUUUCCGGGCAAGGAGGGGGCCAAAGAUAACCUAUGCUUCAUCACGCCCACUUUCAAUGUCAUACCUCCUCCAACUGCGGAAGCUGAAAAUGAACCUGAGGAAGCAGAAGUCGCGGCACCUCCACCUGCAACUCCACCCCAGGAAACUUCUGCCCAAGAACCAGUUGCAGAAGAAAUACCACCUCCACCCGAAGAACCUUUUGUUGAAACAACACCGGCUCCGGCACCUCCACCCGAGGAAACUCCAAAACCUGUGGAAACCGCAGCCGAAAGGAAAAGUGACGAAGUAGGGAAGGUGGACAAUAGAAACGCUGAGCCUGCCGCAAAUAAAACUUAAAAAUCAAAAU